GUCGAACCGAACCGUCCAUCAUGUUUUCACACAUUUAUAGAAUAUUUUACCAUCGGUUCUACCAAUACUCGUUCAUUGAACGAUAACCCCCUCCAAAAAAAAUUAAAUGUGUAUCAAUUAGUUACGUUUGAAGUCAUGUUAUCGUGUGUCCGACGCCAUCUCCGUGCACUCGUAGUCGAUUCGUUCACACUUGUUGCCUAGUUAGUUGCAUAGUGACAAUCAACUGAUGAACUACGUUCCGUGCUACACGCACUUGAAUCGUCCACAGUUGAAUUAAUUUCAAUGUUGAAUUAAUAUUACGAAUAAAUUCUUUUGACAAAAAUUACGUAAAAUAUCGUUGAUGGUUGUGUAAAGUGAAUACACAAAUUAACCAACUCAGAAAAAAAGAGAAGAAACCAAUUGAAUGGUCUUUGACGUUUCCAGUGUGAGCUCAAAGAUACAUUUCAAGGCGAGUACAGCAUUUUGUCCGUGAAUAAACACCAUAUAUCGAGAGUGUUGACUAGAAUUUUCGAUCGAACACCAAUUCAAGUGAAAGAAACAAAGAAGUAGAAAAAAUGAGCCCUCCAGCGAUUGUCAGCAAAGAAAUUCCAGACAUUGAAAAUCUUCUGUCAUUGAAUCCGCGUGUUCAGACCAAAGGAUCGCUGGUACCAACAUCGGUGACGAAAAAAGAGAAAAAACUAUGGAAACGUAACGCGGACCGUAGUUGCGGUUCUUGCUCAAGCCUCCAAAACGAUUUUUCCGAUAUCAAACAUACAACUCUCUCGGAACGUGCCGCUCUUCGUGAAGCCGCUCGUUGUUUGAAAUGUGCCGAUGCACCAUGCCAAAAAUCCUGUCCAACGCAAUUAGACAUUAAGAGUUUCAUCACCAGCAUUGCCAAUAAAAAUUACUAUGGCGCUGCUAAGGCCAUUUUUUCGGACAAUCCAUUGGGUUUGACUUGCGGUAUGGUUUGCCCGACUUCAGACUUGUGCGUUGGUGGCUGUAAUCUAGCAGCUACGGAAGAGGGUGCUAUUAAUAUUGGUGGGCUCCAGCAAUAUGCCACGGAUGUGUUCAAGCAGAUGGGCAUUCGCCAAACGGUUUCACCCAAUCAACCACCGCUUAAGGAUGAUCAAAAGAAAAUUGUGCUCCUUGGCGGCGGACCGGCUUCAUUGUCAUGCGCUACUUUCUUGGGCCGUUUGGGAUACAAAAACAUCACUGUUUACGAGAAGCGAAACGCUUUGGGUGGAUUGAGUUCUUUCGAAAUCCCACAAUACCGUUUGCCAAUGGAUGUCGUUGACUUUGAAAUCAAUUUGGUGAAAGAUCUUGGGGUUCGCUUCGAAACUGGACGCGCAUUGUCUACAUCUGAUAUUACACUGAACGGUUUGAUCAAGGAUGGUGCUGAUGCGGUUUUCUUGGGCAUUGGUUUGCCACAACCAAUUGUGAACCCAAUUUUCAAGGGACUCACACCCGAUCACGGUUUCUAUACAUCCAAAGACUUUUUGCCCAUCGUUUCGGAAGGCAGCAAACCAGGAUUGUGCGCAUGUAAAGUAAACAAGUUGCCACAAUUGCACGGAAAUGUUAUUGUACUGGGCGCUGGUGAUACAGCAUUCGAUUGUGCAACGUCAGCGUUGCGUUGUGGAGCACGUAAAGUGUUUGUGGUUUUCCGCAGAGGUACCACCAAUAUUCGUGCCGUUCCCGAAGAAGUCGAACUGGCCAGAGAGGAGAAAUGUGAAUUCAUUCCAUUUAUGACGCCAACCAAAGUCAAUGUUUCAAACGAUCGCAUUGAGUCCAUCGAGCUCUGCCGUAACGAACAAAAUGAAAAUGGUCAAUGGGUUGAAGAUCACGACCAAAUCACCAAACUUAAAGCCAACUUUAUCAUUUCUGCUUUCGGUUCGGUUUUGAGUCAAAAAGAUGUUCUAGAUGCUUUGUCACCAAUCCAACUGAAUGAAUGGAAUUUGCCCAAAGUUAACUUAACAACGUAUCAAACAUCGUUGCCGCAGGUAUUUUGUGGUGGAGAUUUGGCUGGUGUUGCAAACACAACCGUUGAAUCCGUUAACGAUGGUAAAACUGCUGCUUGGUAUAUGCACUGCUAUCUUCAGAAUUUGCCAUUCGACACACCAGUCGAGUUGCCAUUGUUCCACAGUCCAAUCGAUGAUGUUGAUAUUUCAGUUGAAAUGUGUGGCUUGAAGUUUGAAAAUCCAUACGGUUUGGCUUCCGCUCCACCAACAACUGCUUCAGCUAUGAUUCGCCGUUCGUUCGAACAAGGCUGGGGAUUUGCUGUCACAAAAACAUUUGCUCUUGACAAAGAUAUGGUUACAAAUGUAUCGCCACGAAUUAUUCGAGGUACUACAUCGGGUCACUUGUACGGUCCACAACAAGGCGCUUUCCUUAACAUUGAAUUGAUUUCCGAAAAGUGCUGUGAUUAUUGGCUCACAAGCAUUGCUGAAUUGCGUCGUGAUUUCCCAACGAAAAUCCUCAUUGCCAGUAUCAUGUGCACGUAUAACAAGGACGACUGGACGGAAUUGGCACAGAAAGCCGAACGGGCCGGUGCUCAUGCGUUGGAAUUGAAUCUGUCGUGUCCGCAUGGAAUGGGAGAAUCGGGCAUGGGUCUCGCUUGCGGUCAAGAUCCUGAACUCGUUUACAACAUCUCACUUUGGGUUCGUGCCGCCGUCAAAAUUCCAUUCUUCGUCAAACUCACACCAAACAUCACCGACAUUGUAUCGAUUGCCAAAGCAGCUCAUAAAGGUAAAGCCGAUGGAGUCUCCGCUAUCAACACUGUUAGCGGUUUAAUGUCAUUGAACGCAAAUGGCACACCUUGGCCAGCAAUCGGUGAUGAGAAACGAACAACUUACGGAGGAGUCUCAGGAAAUGCCACACGACCAAUGGCGCUCAAAGCCAUUACAGCCAUUGGAAAUCAACUUCCAGGAUUCCCCAUUCUAGGUAUUGGUGGUGUUGACUCAGCUGAUGUUGCACUGCAAUUUUUACAAGGAGGAGCAUCUGUACUACAAGUUUGUUCGGCUGUUCAAAAUCAAGAUUUUACCGUUGUUCAAGAUUACAUCACUGGCUUGAAGGCAUUGUUAUACUUGAAAUCAAACCCACCACCAAAUCAACCACAUUUGUGGAGUGGACAAUCACCACCACCUUUCAAACACCAAAAAGGAAAACCGGUUGUUCCACUCGUUGGAGAAGAUGGACUGCCCUUGGUUAACUUUGGAUUGCAAAAGAAAGAACGCGAAGAGAAAAUAUCGCAAUUGAUGAAGGAAAAGGGACCAAUUUGGAAACUGAACGCAAAUGACGAUGAUCUUCCCGCAAACGACUCAAACAGUGUGAAUGGCACGAACGGUGCGAGAAAUGGCUACAAUCCAGCGCCAGCCUUGAAAGAUGUGAUUGGAGCAUCUCUACGUUACGUCGGUCCCUACAAAAAACUUGAUAACAAAAAACAAGUCGUUGCACUGAUAGAUGAUGAUUUAUGUAUCAACUGUGGCAAAUGUUACAUGGCAUGUGCUGACUCAGGUUAUCAAGCCAUUGAAUUUGAUGCGAAAACACAUCGUGCUCACGUCACCGACGACUGUACUGGUUGCACAUUGUGUUUGUCAGUUUGCCCAAUCAUCGACUGUAUUGAUAUGGUACCGAAGACUAUUCCACAUGUCAUCAAACGUGGUAAACCCGACACGGUUCUGGUUCACGCUUUGCUUCCAAGUCAGUAGGAAAUACACAUUUUAUAAAGGGAAUCACACAUAUCGAGAUAAAUGCUGGACUGGACAUCAACAACAAAAAUUAAACACUUUAAGCGUAAAACUGUAAAAUUGUUUAUUCGAAACACUUUGAUUUAUUGCACAAAUAAAUGGGCCAUGAUGUCACCAA